CGAAACAUCCUGACCCUGGUUUGGCUCGCCGCGUCGUCCCGAUUCGACCUCCGACUCGCAAGAUUAUGAGUUCGACCGGGAAUCGCGGUCACGAGAACGACGCGACUGAAGGAAUUUAACUGUGAGAGUCUCGUUACGAGUCGACGAGGAGCAUCCUCAGAGUUCUCCUGUCUAGGAAGAAAAUAGGAAAAAAAGGAGAUGGGGGACUACCGGCAACAGUUAGGCUACUUGAUCAAGUGGUUGGGCACCUUUGACCUUCAGGCCCCACAUAGUUCCGCAGAAGAGAUAAGCGAUGGGGUUGCCUUAGCAGAAGCCCUGGCUAAGAUUGCACCCGAGUGGUUCACAGCGGCGUGGAAGGCGAAGAUCAAGACCGAUGUGAGCACCAACUGGCGUCUCCGGGUGAGCAACAUGAAGAAAAUUGUGGAGGCUGUGAUGGAGUACUACGUGGAGUGUCUAAAUCAGCAGUUAUCUGGCUAUGCCAAGCCAGAUGCGGGUAAGAUUGGUGAGCAUUGUGAUAUUGAUGAGUUACGCCGUCUGCUGCAGCUGAUCCUCGGCUGUGCCGUCAAUUGCGACCAGAAGCAGCAGUAUAUCACCAGGAUAAUGGGCAUGGAGGAGACGGUGCAGCGAGCAAUAAUGCAAAGUAUCCAAGAAUUGAACUUCGAAUCUCUGGUGGAUGUGGCGGACGGCGCUCGGACGGCGACGGAGCAGAGACUCUACGCCGAACUCCAGGCGGCGGUGGAGAUGAACCACCAGUUAGCGCAGAGAUGUCACGAGCUUGAUCAGCAACUUUCUCUUUUGCAGGAAGAAAAGGCUGCAUUAAUCACGGAGAAUAAGAAAUUGCAGGAGCGGCUGGAUGAGUUUGAGAAUCCAGAGGAGUCCGGCUCUAUUCUCAAGUACUCCGGUUUGCGGAAGCAAGUAGAGACAUUGAAGGAUGAGCUGUUCAAAAUGGAAACAUCCAGGGAUGAUUACCGAUUAAAAGUAGAGUUAUUGGAAAAGGAGGUGUUAGAACUGCAGUCAAGGCAGGAGGAUUUACAAAAAGCCGCUGACGAAGCGAAUCAUCUGAAGGACGAAGUGGACGCCCUGAGGGAAACCGCUGACAAGGUAGCGAAAUAUGAAAUCACGAUAGAAUCAUAUAAGAAAAAGAUGGAAGAUUUUAGUGACCUCAAGAGACAGCAUAAAAUCCUAGAGGAUAAGAACGUCGAGAAUCUGCAAGCUAAACUGGACUAUGAGGAAGAAGUGAAACGCACGACAAUGUUGCGCAAUCAUCUGGAAGUGUGUAAGCAGCAACUGACUGAAGCUAAUCAUCGGCUGGACGAACAGAACAAUAAAAAUGAUCGGUUGGAGUUUGAGAGUAAAAAAAUGGAAGCGAAGUUAGGUGCCUUACAAAGGGAGAGAGACCGGCUGAUCAUCGAGAGGGAUGCUCUGAAGGAAACGAACGAAGAGUUGAAAUGUACGCAACUGCAAGCCGCUGAAAACAUGGCAAAACCCAGCGCUGACAGCACCGGAGUUUCCGGGACGGAGAUGAUCCCGCUUGAGGUCAAGGAGAAGCUGCUUUGUCUGCAGCUGGAGAACAAGAUGCUGAAGAUGAAGCUGACGGGCAAUGAGGACAAGUUACCAAGCGUGCAGGCGUUGCUUGAGGAUUCCGAGGAACGUUUGAAUACACUGCGGGGACAGAAUCGCAAGGCGAAUCAGAGGAUAAUGGAGUUAGAAACGAAAUUGGAAGAGGCUAUGGGCACUCAGAUCAGCGGUGACAACAAGAGCGACAAUGUAGGCCUGAAUCAGAAGAUGUCGCAGCUGCAAGAUGAUUUGCGAAAAGCGCAAACUGAUAAGGAACGGCUAACGCUGCAGCUUGAGGAACGCGAGAGCGCUUUACAGACGCAAAAGCAGAAAGCCUUCGCUCUUCAGGAGAAACUCACACGAAAAGAGUACGAAAACGCCGCUCUCGAGGAACGCUACAAGAAGUACAUUGAGAAGGCCAAGAGUGUCAUAAAGAGCCUCGACCCAAAGCAGAGCAAUUCAUCGCCGAGUGAGGUUGCCGUGUUGCGCAACCAAUUAGUGGAGCAACGCAAGAUGAUCGAAGAUAUGGAGCGUUCCAUGAAGGAGUCCAGACUAUUGCGAGAGAUGGAAGAAAAAUUGAUGGUGACCGCCUUUCAUAGACUGGGUCUGAAUUGCCACAGAGAAGUGAUGGACCAGCGGCUCGCGGCGCUUAGUUCGGGACAGGGUCAGUCUUUUCUAGCCAGACAGAGACAACCCUCGGCGCGACGUUAUCCGCCUUAUAACUCGAAAUAAGGACACGUGCAAAAACAGUUGAUUUGACGAUUAAGUAUUAUUACAGGAUAAAAUGGUAAAUGAUCAUUUGAGAUAUCAUUAACAGUGUGAUAGAUGUGAUGUUGUAUAUUACGUAUAUAAAUUUAGGGAUUUAGCAAUAAAUUUAUUUAAUAACUAUUAAUUGAACAUUUAAAUUUAGUAACUCAUAGCAUAUUAAUAUCAUGUUUAUCUCACUGUUACGAUUGUUUCAAUUGAUUGUAUUUCAUCGAUGUAGAUACAAUUGGAGAUAAUUCAGAACAAAAGUUAAAUAUCUUUUUUCUUUUUAACUUUGAUUUUUUUUAUGUAGUUUUAUUUAAUUAAUAAUAUCGAAACUGUUAAUGAGCAAGAACUCGAUUGUAAAACCUUUUUUAUAUGUAUCUUUAGCCAAUCUUUUUGCCAGUCUUCCUGCGGUAUCAUUCAAAGAAUCAUCAAACAGAAGAUAGUUUUAACAUUCAACUCUAAUCCUAUUUUCAUACAUAUACGGUAAUUUUCUAGCUCUUAGAGAUGUGCCAACACACAUGUUCCUAUAUCAUUAAUGUAAAAAAAGUAAUCGCACGAAUAUCUCCAAUAGUUAGAAAAACGAAUUAAAUUCUUAUACAUUUUGAAAUUGUAUCUAUAUCGUAAAUAUUUACCAUAUUUACCCUAUUUUAAUCAGGCUCAAUAAAAGAAGUAUAUGUUGAGUAAAUUGUAAAUAAGAUUAUACAGGUAUUGGAAUACAUAUUUUGCUUUGCGACAGGAUAGAUAUUAUGCAAAAUGUUGAAUAUGAACAAAUUUUAUCUCAUAUAAUGACAUUUUUAAAUCAUUGACAAAGAACAAGUAUCGAAAAUAUUGUGUAGAUGGACAUGCAAAGUCCCAACAUUUAAAAAAUAAUGUUCCAAAAAG